GGUGGCGGUGGCGGUGGCGGUGGCUGUGACGACGGUAACGGCGACGGUAGCUGCGACGGCAGCAGCGGCUACGGCGAGGACGUUGUCGGGGACGUUGUACGCGGACGCGGCGGCACUGGCAGCGGCGGCGGCGACAGCGGCAGCGUUUGCGUUUGCGUUUGCGUUUGCGUUUGCGUUUGCGUUUGCGUUUGCGGCAGCGGCACCAGCAGCGUUAGCAACCAAGUCACUUAUAUCCGAACGAUCCGGGGACACCAUCUCCUUGCUCGUCCGAUCGCGUACACAACCGACGACGAUGCCGACGCCCGCACUGGCCACGACGCACUGUGGUCGCGCUACCACGAGUACCAUCGUCGUUGUCUCAUCGUCAUCGCCGUGUCCGAACCACGCUCCAGGGUCGAGGAAACAACGAACGGCCAGAACAGGCCGGAACGAACAGGCGGGCUACACUACCGGGAGAAGGAGGAGCAGGAGGGGGAGAAGGCGGCGGAGUGGGAGGCAUCCCGUGGCCCGCGUAGGCACGCCCGAUAG